GGCUGCUGCCGAGACUCCAGAGAGAGGGAGAUGUCAGAGGCUGCGCUGCGCCCUCCCUUCAGUAGCACUGGUGGGGUUCAGCAGCCAGCAUGGCCACAGCUGCCUCCAGCCCCUACACUAUGCUCAGCUCCAGCCCCAUGAUCCACCCGGACAGCCAGGCCAUGCAGCCUGCUAGCCCCUACAGAGGACACCAGAAACUGCUGCAGAGUGACUAUCUGCAAAGCGUCCAGAGCAACGGUCACCCCCUCGGGCACCAGUGGGCGAGCAGUUUGGCUGAGGGCAGCCCCUGGUCGGCCUCCAUGGAGCAGCAGGACGUCAAACCGGGCCGGGAGGACCUGCAGCUCGGCAUCAUCCACCAUCGUUCCCCGCACGUAGCGCAUCACUCCCCUCAUCACAACAACAACCACGGCAACCACCCGGGAGCGUGGGGCACCCCGGUGUCCCACAACUCCUCCAUCACCAGCGGGCAGCAGAUCAACAUCUACACCCAGACAGGCUUCACUGUCAACGGCAUGCUGGAGCACGGCGGCCUCACACCUCCACCCAACGCGCAGGGCCAAGGCAUGCACCCGGGCCUCAGGGACACGCUGAGCCCCGAGCACAGCGAUCUGGGCGGCCACCACUGCCACGACCAUUCCGACGAGGAAACGCCGACUUCGGACGAGCUGGAGCACUUUGCCAAGCAGUUCAAGCAGCGGCGGAUCAAGCUGGGCUUUACGCAGGCGGAUGUGGGUUUGGCUCUGGGCACGCUGUACGGGAACGUCUUUUCCCAAACCACCAUCUGCAGGUUCGAGGCUCUGCAGCUGAGCUUUAAAAACAUGUGCAAACUAAAGCCGCUGCUGAACAAGUGGCUGGAGGAGGCGGACUCGUCCACGGGCAGCGCGAGCAGUAUAGACAAGAUAGCAGCUCAGGGGAGGAAGAGGAAGAAGAGGACCUCCAUCGAGGUCAGUGUCAAAGGGGUUCUGGAGACGCACUUCCUCAAGUGUCCCAAACCGUCCGCGCAGGAGAUCUCCUCGUUGGCGGACACGCUCCAGCUGGAGAAGGAGGUGGUGCGCGUGUGGUUCUGCAACCGGAGGCAGAAAGAGAAGCGAAUGACACCGCCGGGAGAACCGCCUCCGCACGAGGGACCGUAUUCUCACAGCGGGAGCGCAGGAGACGCCUCCUCCUGCCACGAUCUCUGACCGGAGCAGCGAGAGGAGGCGCACGGGGCGCGCACAGACUGCACCCACCUCCAAGCACUGAAACAAUAACACAGAUACCCGCUCGGCCUUCGUCGUUUCCUAACUGUCAUGAGGGCAUUAGACCGAGCGGCAGACCCCCGCGUUACUGUGGAGCCCGACAACCUCCAGAUUCUUUUCUCCAUCUCGGAUAUAAAAACAAAAUGUGCCUAAUAACCUGCCAGCGCCUUUGCUUUGUGUCACCAUCAGCUCAGUGAGAACGGUAACACAGUUGGGACUGAUGUUUUCUUUUCAUUUGCUUUUACGCUUCUGGAGUGAAAGA